AUGGCAGAGAGGAAUCAAGAGGCCUACCCUUUCGCACCAUACGCUAAUGGGCAAGCCAUGGCCAGAAGCGAUGCAGAAUCUUCGAGAGCUCACUCCAAUGAUGAGCUACGCAGAAAGAAGCGCAUCAAAUGUCUAAUCUACAUCGCGGUUUUCGCUGUGUUCCAGAUCAUAGUCAUAACUGUUUUCGCACUCACUGUCAUGCGUGUCAAGAGCCCCAAGUUCCGUAUCCAAGCCAUCACGGUUGAGGAACUCAACACCACGGCCAAUCCCUCGCUUACUUUGAGGUUCAUUGCUGAAGUUUCUGUCAAGAACCCUAAUUUCGGGCGGUACAAGUAUGAUCAGACCUCCAUUAGCUUUAUUUAUAAGGGCACCCAAGUUGGGGAUGCUGUUGUUCCUCAGGAAACGGCUAGGACUAAAGCGACCAGGAAGACGAUCGUGUCCGGGGCCGUGACUACCGUUAAUUCGAACUUGGCCAGUGAUAUAAGUUCAGGGUCUGUGACGCUUAGCACGUACUCGAAGAUAAACGGGAAGGUGUACUUGAUGAACAUGAUCAAGAAGAAGAAGUCAGCUGAGAUGAAAUGCACCAUGAUCGUUAAUUUGACAAAUAAACAAGUCCACGAUAUCAAAUGCAAUUAG